GCUGGAACAUUGCCGAGGGCAGAGAACAGCCAGGAUACAAUGGACCGACCAGUGGUUGCGAGAGCCACUUCAAGUGAUGACUCCCCGGUCCCGGGGUACUUGUACGGAGAAAUCGCGCAGAUGACGCACGCGAACUUCGAAGGCUGCCGGCAACUCACAGUCUACCUUCUGGAGCGGAUCAAGAAGCCCAACCACAACAUAAAGUUCAAAUGCCUGCGGAUCAUAAAGGUGUGA